CUUCACAGCUCCGCCGUCCACAGCAGCCUGACGCCUCUGGCCCGUGGGCGAGGAGGAAAGGUGCGCAUGUUGAAAAUGGAUUUGAACACAUCCUCUUCCCAAUGACGCUCGACUCGGAUGCUGCAGCAAGCAGCGGCUCUGUCAGAGGAGCGCGGUGCCAUGCAUCGUGGUGGUUUUGCAUUUUUACGCAGCCAUCCAGCCUCUUCGUCCUCUAAUCAAACGGCGUCAAGUGCAGCUGAAAAGCACUUUAACGCUUCAGUUAAAAUGUCUUUGGGUCAAUGUCGCAGCCGACCGGAUUUGGACCAGCACUGGAGGCCAGCAUGCCCGGAUCGGAGGACGUUUUUAUAACGCUUGCGAAACGUACUUAUUAGAUUUUGCCACUAAAUAUAUAUUUAAAGACUCGGCCAUGGGUGAUGAUGAGAGCAGGCUGUCUCGGCAGAUAGAGAGUGUGGAGAGGAGCGUGGUGUUCCUCAGGCAGGAGCACCUCACUUUACUCCACGGCCUCCACCUGGAGAUCCUGUCCCUGCAGAAGCGAUGCACAGAGUUGACAAGUGAGCUGAAGAUGAAGCCUCCCGGCAGAAGCCAAAUAGAGAUACAACAGGAAGAGGAGCUGCUGGAGGCCAGCUGUCGGCACAUGGAAAGGCAUCUGGCCGAGCAGGGUUGCACCUUAGGAGAGCUUCGUGAGGAGCUGGGUCACAAAGGAGCUUUGGUGGGAGCCCUGAGAGCCAACCUCAAGGAAAAGGAGCGCCAUUUCCUGGAGGAGCUCAAACGCCGCAGCCACUGUUCCACCAUCCUCAACACAGAGCUGCAGAAACAAACAGAGGCAGCAGCAUACCUCUCCUUCCAGCUGCAUGCUGCCAGGCAGAAACUGCACCACCAGCGGAUGCAGCAGAGGCAGGGACUCCUAGCCAGAGCCAACAGUCAGGGGGCCCAGUUUGGUGCCGAGCAGAACUCUGUUUCUCCGCAGAUGCCGUCAGGAGCCUCCCCUUCCUCUCCUGUGGUUAAACCCAAGCGUAGGAGUGCUAGGGCAUCUUCGAGAGUGGAGCGUGCCCGGGAGUGCGUGCCCACAGAGAGAGUGAUGGGCCCUGCAGAGCCCACAGCAAUGCCAGACCCUGCGCUCUUCCUCCACCCUCGCAAGCACAGGGCUCGCUCCAGGCACACUGUGGCACAAAGACAGCCUCCCCUGGGCCUGGAUAAGAAGGAUGAGGAAGAAGGAGGUGGAGAGGGGCCAGUGGAGCCCCAGGAUGAAGCUGCCAGACUGGUAUCUUCCGCUGCAGCGCCCCCUGCUGCUGAGGCAAAGGCAGAUUAGGGACUACUGUGAGUGGGGGUGUUAGCUGCAGUUUGAUCACUGUAUGAUUAUCUUCUGUCAGACUGUUAAUGCUGUUAACUGUGUUCUGCACCUUGACUGAAUUGAUAUGGAGACUGGUUUUAGCUAUUGAAUUAUAUUACACUUAUAGUAGACACAUUUUUUCAUAUGGACUUUGAUAUAACCUUAAAUAACUUGCAAAGCAAAACUCAGUAAGUGUCACUUUAAGUCAGUCUUAAAUGAAGUUAGAAAACGUAUAUCUGUUUACACUGGUGUCACAUGCUCAAUAUACUGUGGGGCCUUAUUUCAAAGCAACCCCCCUUUUUGAUUUAUGUGAUUUUGAGUUUGACCAUGGUAGCAGCCAUUUUAGGUGGACUACAAGCCCUGUGUGGCCCCAACCAACUGUGACCUCUCAAGGCCAACCAUAAAUCAACCAUGUGACCAAAUGUUUGUGCAGCCCCGGACUGAGUCACAGCUGAAAACAUCUGAAGUGGUUGGCAUGUCUGUGUGAGACCUCCAUGUGAAAACAAAUUGAGUGGAAGGAAGUGUACCCUUAAUUUUUUUUUACUAUAACUAAUUCUUUAAACAUCUGGUGUGACCCCAUCAGUGUUUCCCCUAACUGGAAUCCAUCCUUAGCCGUAACCUCAAGCGGUUAUCUCUGCAACAACUAACCAUGUGCUAAUGUAAGCCUAAGUCCAGCUACAGUGGACAGCGCUUUAAGAAACACUAUUUGAGGGGAAAACAGACUUGUCAGUGUGCAAGUGUUGAAAUCAGUGUGCAAGGUAUUACCUGCAGGGAAAUGUAGCAACAAUAAGCCUAAUUAAUUUAGCUACCCCUGCUAACCUUAGGUACAAGUGAAUAAAAACAAACUUAAAAAUAGAUUUGACAAUUUGAGCUCUACAAAUGACACUCUUAUACCGCUCCUUGUUGUGUAUUACCAAUUCGUUAGUAGACUUUAUUUCAGACUAUAGGUCCAUUGUAAAAAUAAAAAACUUUUUCAAACAUCCAGAAAGAGAACGUACACCGUUAUUGCUUACAUAACACACAUUCUUGUGAUUAUCUUAAGAAUAUGUUGCAUACUAAUUUGUGGCAACUAACAGAGCUGUUAGAAGAAAAUUACUUAUUUCUUUAAAGCACUUCAAACCCACUUGUUUUUUUCUUCAAAAUGCAGUGUUUGUUCUUUUGACUGUCUUUGGUGGAUGACAUAUGAGACAACAGAAGUGUGUCUUGGACUAAACAAGAGAAUGUUUAACAAGUAUGUUUCACUAAAAGACGCAUGUUGAGGCGCACGUGUGCUGCUAUUCUGUAGUGACUGCCUGGUAUAAACAUGGCCACACGCAGGUGAUAAUCAGUUCAGACUCACUGGACCGUAGUGUUUCGCUCAGGUGUGGUUUGUGCACUAAACACACACACAGGACUACUAGUUUGUAUUUGAGGUUGUUGAGUUGGAGUUUCUUUUCACCUCAGGAAAAACGGACAAACAAGAGCAUGACUAGAGGUUUUGGAUCGUUUUCAACCGAAGCAUCUGAUUGGUUUGGUUUGGUAUGGUUUGUGUUCCUUUUCCAUUUUACCCAAAGUCAGCAUGCGCACCAAGACAGUGAUUGUGUGCUGUACAUGGAGCAAGAAGGCUGGCUCAGCAGAAAUCCAUGUGUGUGUCUAAACACAUGCACAUAGUGGCCCCUAGCGUAACAAUGAGCAAAUAGCACCUUGAAAGAGCAGCAAAAAAAAGCUCAAACACUUUAACUGACUAUAUUUGACCACAUUAUUGCUUACAUGUAUCAGUGCUGAUUAUGAAUCCACUGCUGUCCAUUUAGUACCCUACUAUAUUUCUGCCUUACAGUAGAGGAGCCGUGGAUAUAAGAAAUGCAUUGUGGAAACUUGAGGCAUUUCUUUACUAAAGUAUUGUGUCAUUUUAUUUCAGAAACACUUUUAUAAGACUCUUUGCAUAUAAAGGUUUACUGUAUGAAAUGUGGUACCUCAGUUAUUUUUGAUUCAAAGUUGUGUCGCAGUCGGUCUGUACUUGAGCCAAGACGUAACUGAGCAUCAGUAACUGCAGUCAGUGUCUUUGAAAUGAGCCUUCCUGUAAGACUGAAUUUAAUUGUGUUUAGCUGCUGUGAGGCUUUUCUCGCCUCCUACAGCUACUGGUUAGAAGUUUAGCAUUAACUUUUUCGCGGUAUAUCUUCAAUAAAGCAAUAUAUCAAUAUAUUUAUAUAUUAUUAGUAGUACACGUGAUCUGGUUUAAGGACACCUGAUGUGUUAAAAUAGAUUUUAUGAUUGUUGAACUUUGUAUUUUGUAAUUGUAGAGCUCAGUAUGUUUUGCUUAAUAUUUUCUGGAGUUAUCUAAUUAUCUAAUGGAUUCAUUUUACAAAGCUCUGUUGAUUGUCACAGAAUCUUUAUAUGAUUAUUUGUUAUGUUACAGUUUAUAGGAAGCAUAUCCAAGUGAGGAAUUGACGACUUGGGCAUAUUAUUAUUUUGCCACAUGAGUCUGUCUGUAUGAAAAGAACUGAAGUUGUCUUCUCUUUUUAGAAAAAAAUGCUAACCUGACAAGGGUUUUCAUUCACCUCUCAGCUGGUAAGCCAUUGGCAUGACUGUGUGCACUAUUAUAAAUACACUAUUAUAAUAUAUAAAAAGCGGUCUUGUUGAGAACUGUUUCCUCCCCCAACAGGAAUCCUGAAUUUAGACUGUUAGACUUCAUGACUUCACUUGUCAUCCAAAGUAAGCGGCAGGUAGAUUAAACUCUCCAUCCACCUUUCAUAAUCAAGAUAACGUCCUGCAUACCACAUCGCAGCAUCAUCUCCAAUCAUUUUACAUGAUCCAUACCUAAAUAAUCAAAAUGCUGGUUGCUGAAUGCAUCUUUGUGUGGAGCUGCAGAGACUGGUGAUGUGUUUGUCUGCUUUGAGGGAAAAUGCUAAUGAGCCAAAGAGGCCCACCGCUAAAAUUAACGUCAAGACGACUGGUGUGAUGCCUUAACGAAGCUGUAUUUUCAGGAAUAUUUCAGCUAAAGAGAGUAAGUCUUCACCCCCUGAUUUGCUUUUUCUCCUCUCCAGAGCAGAACCACAGUACAUCACUCAAAACAUAGCAAGGAAGUAGAUAAUUUACUGUCCCUCACAGAGAAUGUCUUCCAUCUUUCUAAACGCCUGUAUAAUUACCCAAAUCCUCAUAAUAAUAACAAAUGUCAGCAUUGUCUCCAGGUCUUUGUGGUCAAUCCUGGUUGAGGUUGAAUAUGUUUAUUUUUUCAUCUUAGAUGCAAAAAUACGUGGACUGUGUGUGGUACUGUAAAGCAUCUUGUUUGUUAUGUGAUCUCUAGCAAUAAUGCUGUGUGGUACCCAACAUGGAGAUGUUGCUCUGGGUUGUUGUAUGGUUUUGUCCUCGGGUGAGCAUAAGCUACUGACUGAUUACCGCAUAUACUGUGUUAGCUUCCCUAUAGUGAUCUACUGUACACAUAAUUGGAAUAAAAUGAAGGAUUGUCUAGUC